CUCCUUCUCUCUCUCCUCCUCCAUUGAUCCUUUAGCUCGGAGAUACCUCGCAGACUCACUUCAGAAACUAUAUAUAUUGGAUGCGCUGAAGCUGCUCCUCUAUCAAUGGAUAAACUUCACUUCAACUUGUUUCCACUACUUGGACACUAAUAACCUGAUCAUGAAUGGGCGAGAAUGAUUUGCAACCAUUAACUGACUUAGAACUUGCUUUGGGAGCUUCUAAUCAGCGCAUUCGGACUGGAUCGAGGAUCGAGUCUGGUGCAGGUGUAAAUGCAGCAGCUUCAAGGUUAAACAUGACAUUUGUAGCAUCUGAUCCCUUAUCUGAGAUAGUGUGGUCUCCUCAUAAAGGUUUGAGUCUCAAGUACACUGAUUCUAGAUUUUCUGAUCAGAGACCCCAUAACUUCUGGGAUGUGGGGCCGAGCAACAUGAUUCUUUCCCCAUCACAAAGAAAUUCACAAAGAAAUUCACCGAGUAGAACUACUUAUAUGAAUCCUAUCAUUGAGGAAAACAUUACUAUUUCUCAAACCAGAGAGCAAACACGAUUUGCAAAGUCGCAUGGAGGCAGUACAAGCAUGAAUCCAGCAACUGAUCCUAGUUGCAGCCCUCAAUGUGCAGGUAGAGAAUAUGGAAGGGAAGUUGGCUUAAAGUUAUGCUCGACCAGUGAGCCCCGGCAAGAGUUGUUAUCAAAUAGUACGUCUUUAUCUGGAAAAGACAAAGCCAAUCCAGAAAACAGCACUCCUAUGGUUAACCAGGAAUUCACUGCCGAAAGUGGUUUAUGGACUCUGAAGGACAAAAUUGAUUCAGGAAAGAAGGAAUUAUCCCCUCCUGAUACAAGAAACAAAGGCAAAGAGAAAGCCUUGUCCGUUGGAGACUUCAACGACAGGAUGUUGCAAGAUGAGAAUGAUAGUCACGAUAGUGUUGAGAGUUGUAAUAGUGCUGGUCUUUUGUCUAAAGGGAAAAAGAAGUGGAUCUUUGAACACCAAGAUAUUGUUGAGAGUAAACGGGCCAAAAGAGAUAUCCAUGAGAGCCCUGCUUCGUCUUCUUUUCCCAGACAGGACAGUUCUUUCAUGAACUGGAUAUCAAACGUUGUGAAGGGUCUAUCCAAAUCCGAUGAAGCCGAUGCUCUCCCUCCUGCUCUCCCUCUUUCUCUCGUCAACACUGAUACCAGAAUUGGAAACUAUGACCAACAGAUCAUUGUAAGCACAAAAGAUCUGCCAGAAAGUAGGAUUGCAGGGUUUCAGACGAUGUUUCAGUCAAUAUAUUGUGCAAAUCCCAAGGAUAACAAAAAGGGUGAAUCUAAUGGUGAAGAAGAGGCAGACAGGUCAAAAGAACUCGUGCAAGUUGACAAUUCUCAUAAGUCGUCUUCUUUAUUAAAGAGGAAGUUUACAGAGUCCACAUCUGAAGUUGGUGAAGCUCCUUUCAAUUCAGAGAAAGCAAAUAUUAACAUGAUAAGUGGGAUUGCUCACAAAUCCGAACCUUUGGCGAAUUUGUGGAUCACUCGAUUUUCUCAUAAAGCUGCAAAUGUUUUGACUCCUAAAUUAGAUCAUCAAGGUCAAAGAGCAGAGAAGGAACUUGAAUGUCCUCCUGAUCAAAUGAAGCCAAUUAUCGGUCCUCCUGUUGAUCAGUUAAAAUUGGAACAAGUGGUGGAUAACCUUGGUGAUGAUGAUGAUAAAUUUGUUCAUCAUUUUAGCAAUGCUCCGUCUUCACCAAAAGUUAAUUCCGAGGCCAUUGCCUCCAUAUUCGCAAGGAGAUUGGUUGCCAUCAAACACUUUAUUCCUCUGGAUGCAGAGAAAGAAGAGUCUGCUGUAGAGAUUAACAGCAACAACAACACCGGGAAACAACCUAUAGUCGAUUCUCCUGUUCUCAUAAACCCUACUCUGGACUGGAAAAUCUCAUCAGAAAAGAGAGAAUCCAGCUCAGAUGAACGUCAAAAGCUAGUUUCUUGUUCCGGGGAUGAUGUGUUGGAACCCUUGAGGAAGCAUGCAAAUGUGCCGAUAGGAGUGUUUGAGUUCAUAAAGAAACUCCGAUUGACUCGUAUGGAUAUAUUGAAGUGGAUAAAUUCUGGAAAAUCACUUUCGAAACUGAAUGGGUAUUUUAUGCGAGUUCGGCUUGGGAAAAAGGAAGGAGAAGUAGUAGGAGGAACUAGCUAUCAAGUGGCUUGCAUUUCUGGGGAGCAAAAAGAAUGUGUUGAAGAAGGAUCCAAAGUUUCUAUUUCUGUUGUUGUUGUUGGAGGGGUAAGAUGCUCGGUUGAAAGCCAAUAUAUCUCCAACAAAGGUUUUCUUGAGGAUGAAUUGAUGGUGUGGUGGUUUUCGACUGUGAAAAGCAAGAACAUCUUAAUAGCAAAAGACAAGUUGCAGAUUAAGCUAGAAGAAAGAGAGAGGCUUGGGAUUUAAAUUUUAUAUAUUAACUCGAGUUUUUAUUUAAAAGAAAAAAAAGGCUUUUUAUUUCAUUUCAGUUAAUUUCAGUUGAACUAUUUAAUGUUUUUGUAUGAUCACAUAUUUACUUCAUAAAAUGUUUUUGUAUAAUAACAUAUUUACUUCAUAAACAAAGUUUUGCUAUA